AUGCGCCCGCUGGGCCUGCUGCGCCUGGGGCAGCUGGCGCUGGGCGCUGCCUUCUGGGUGACGGUGGCGGCUCACAAGUACGAGGGGGCGGCCCACUUCGCCCUCUUCGCCGCAGUCCUGGCCUGGCUCCUCACCCUGGCCCUCUUCGGGCUGAGCCUGCUGGGGCGCUGGGCGCUGGUGCCCUGGCUGGGCUCUCGCUGGCUCCUCACCAACCUGGUGCACGACCUGGCGCUGGGCGUGGGGCUCUACGCGGCCGCCACCGGCAUCAUGGGCUACAAGGCCGGGCGGAAAAGCUAUUGCAGCCUGCCGGGCUACAGCCAGCGCUGCCUCUACAGCGCCUACCUGAGCGCCUCCGUCUGCGGGGGCAUCGCUGCCUGCCUGUACCUCUUCUCUGGGCUCUACUGCCUGUCGCGGCGCUGCCGGGACCAGCGCGACAUCAUCUGAGACCCCGUGGCGCUCAGCUCCCCUUCUCUUCGCCCGCGGACAGAGCACAGCCCCGCUUCGGGACGAAGUGACCCUGCCGCCCCAUCCCCGCCCGGCUGACUGCACCGCGAUUCCUCCGGAGACUCCUGCGCAGACGGAUGGACAGACAGAGGCCUUCCCCGAGCACGGCUUCCCCUGCAUCCUGCCGAGACAGCGUGGACACCCAUCCGCGGCACAGGCCCCUCUCCCACCCCCGGACAGACGUAGGCUAUUGCAAGUGGAAGGACCCAAGCGGAGAGCCCCUAAAGAGGGACCCCAAUUUCUGGGAGCCCCCGAGGCCCC